UAUAUCGCCAAUCGCCAUUCAAUGUUGAUAAAUAAGUUCGCGAACGUCUCGCUGAAGAGGUUCAUUCACAUGCAAAGUCACACAGUUCAACCUGACCGGGCGGCGCACAGUCCAGUUGGAUCGAAGUUUAAUUUGUUGGAUUCGUCGAUUACAGUCAGAUAAGUCAUAUUGCGUCUGAGACCCACCUAAUUCUCCCAAAAGAAAAAUGUACUGUGCUAAAAUAAUUUCCCGAAUAAGUUUCAAACCAUGGACGAGCAGAAGGUCCAUUGCAUGCUUGGCAGCGCUUCCCGAAACUCACCAGAUGCUCCAGAAAACGUGCCGAGACUUUGCGGACGCCGAGUUGAUACCGAUCGCUGCCAAGGUCGAUCGCGAACAGUUUUACCCGGCAGAGCAAGUGGCCAUGGCCGGAGAUCUGGGGCUGAUGUCGAUUGUGCUCGAUGAAAAGUACGGAGGAACCGGACUGGACUAUCAGGCGUACGCUAUCGCUAUGGAGGAGAUUUCGCGGGGUUCACCGGUUGUAGGCGGGACGAUGUCUAUCCACAAUUCGCUUUACCUGGGACUGUUGGAGAAGUACGGCACGGAAGACCAGAAACAGAGGUUCAUUCCCGGCUAUACGGAUGGGAGGAAAAUUGGAUGCUUCGCCUUGUCUGAGCCGGGGAAUGGUUCGGAUGCAGGGGCCGCGUCAACCACCGCCACGUUGAAAGGUGAUCGUUGGGUUUUGAAUGGAACCAAGUGCUGGAUAUCUGGAGGUUAUGAGGCGGGAAACGCUAUUGUCUUUGCGACUACUGACAAAAGCUUGAAGCACAAAGGCAUUUCGACGUUCGUGGUACCGAUGGAUUCGAAAGGGAUAAGCCGAGGUAAAAAGGAAGAUAAGAUGGGACUCCGAGGUUCUUCGACGUGCCAGUUGAUAUUCGAAGACUGUGAGAUACCUAAGGAUAACCUUCUUGGACAACCGGGAUACGGGUUCAAGAUCGCUAUGCAGGGCUUGGAUACCGGGCGCAUAGGAAUAGCUGGACAAGCCCUAGGAAUCGCGCAAGCUUCCUUGGAAUGCGCAGUAGAUUACGCAAACAAACGCGUAGCGUUCGGCAAGCCGAUUUCCAAGCUACAGGCCAUUCAGAUGAAGAUUGCCGACAUGUCGUUGCGGGUGGAGUCGGCUCGACUGCUAACGUGGCGAGCGGCUUGGCUCAAGGACAACAAGAAGCCUUUUACCAAAGAAGCUGCGCAGGCCAAGCUUGCCGCGUCGGAGACUGCUACGUUCUGUGCUCAUCAGUGCAUCCAGAUCCUGGGAGGAAUGGGAUACGUUUCCGAUAUGCCGGCCGAGCGAUAUUAUCGCGAUGCUAGGAUUACGGAGAUCUACGAAGGCACGUCGGAGAUUCAACGGUUGGUUAUUGCUGGGCAGGUUAUCAAAGAGCUUUCGAGCUAGUACGAAGAUGUAAAUUACUGCGACUGACUUACUUUGUAAAAUGUAUGUAUUUUGUUAUAUUUUUUUCUGCUAAAGUUAAUAAAAGUGUUUUGUUAAAGGAUGAA